AGGUCCAGUAUUCGAUCUGUGUGAACUUGCUCAACGUGCACCACACCCUGCAGCAGGCGAACAGACGAUUUGGUUGCUCAUUUGCUUGCCGACAUGCCUCUUUCAGUAAAGGAAGUAACUGGCAGAGGUUUUAAACAGAAAUGAAACUUAAGAGAAGGAGGCCAGCCCAGAGGAGGGACACACACAAGGUGGGAGUGGACAGAGAAGCAGAAAAGCCUGUGAGAUUCAGAGCAUCUCAAUCAUCGAAAGCAGAUAUGGCCUCCGCUCAAGCGUCGCCCAGUGAGACCCGCCCACUGGAGAAGCAUCUAACAUGCUCCAUCUGUAUGGAUGUGUUUGUGGAUCCUGUCACUACAGCUUGUGGCCACUCCUUUUGUAAGGAAUGUCUGGACCGCCACUGUAGGUGCAAUGACAGUAUAUGCCCCCUGUGCAAGGCACAUGUGAGUAAAACCCCACAGGUGAACAUCAUCCUGAGAAGCCUUGUGGAAGAGAUGACAAAGACCCCAGAGGAAGACGCUGAUAAGUACACCGGGGCGCCUGGCGAAGUGGCCUGUGACAUUUGCACAGAGCACAAGCUGAAGGCUAAGAAGUCCUGCCUUGUCUGUCUUGCCUCGUAUUGUUCGACCCACCUGGAGAAUCAUACUUCGACUGAAAGGUUGAAGGGCCACAAGCUGGUUGAACCUGUGGAGAACCUGGAUGAGAGGGCCUGUCUGCAGCAUGGACGUCCCUUGGAGCUGUACAGCAGGAAGACGAAGAGAUGUAUUUGUGUACGCUGUACUGAGGAAGAUCAGGAGGAGGUUGUUUCCACUGAAGAAGAAUGGGGCAAGAAGAAGGCCAAGCUUGGAAACACAAAGGCAGAGUUACUUGAGAAAAUUAAUAAGAGAAAAACGCGGGUGGAUGAGAUUAAUGCAUCUCUCAAGAGCUGCAAGGACCAGCUGGAGAAUGAGUGGUGGGAUAUUGAGGCCGUGUUUACAGCAGUGAUGAACACUGUAGAGGAAGCCCUAGCAGCAGCUCUUAAGCCACUAAAGGACAGGAGGGAGGCUGUGGAGAAAGACGCAAAACACAUCAAGACAGAGUUGGAAGAAGAGAUUGACAGGCUUGACAAAACCAUCUCUGAGCUGGACGAUAUAUCUGUGCUUGAGGAUCACAUCCUUUUCCUUCAGAGAUACCCAUCUCUUCAAGACCUGGACAGCUUCAAAGACUCAACAGAGCUAGAGCUUGACACGUCACUGUCUUUUGGCACGUUGAGAAAAAUCACAACAGCCAUGUUGCAACAAAUCCAACGGGAGCUAGAGAAGCUGACCUCCACUGAACUUCAGAGACUUCCAAAGUUUACAGACGUAAAGCUGGAUCCAACUACAGCACACCGACGCCUUGUUCUUUCUGAUGAUGGGAAGGAAGUGAAAGAUGGAGGGGAGGACCAGGAAGUAGAUGAAACUCCAGAGAGGUUUGAUCUGUUUGCCAGCAUCCUGGGGCUCAACAGAUUGACCUCUGGGAAGUCAUUCUGGGAGGUGGAGGUCAGCAACAAGACGGGGUGGGACCUGGGUGUGGCAAGGGGCGAUGCAAACCGCAAAGGGAAACUCUCUCUGAUCCCAGAUAGCGGUUACUGGGUCACUGUACUGUAUGAAAACGAGAAGUACGCAGCCCUGACAUCUCCACCGGUUCGUCUUUCCCUUAAAGAGAAACCUCAGAAGGUCGGGGUGUUCGUGGACUUCGAGGAAGGUCUCGUGUCCUUCUACGAUGUGACAGCUCAAUCUCACAUCUACUCCUUCACUGAGUGUUCGUUCAGUGACGAGCUCUUCCCGUAUUUCAGUCCACAUGUAAAGCAAGAUGAGAAAAACUCUUGUCCUCUGAUUAUAUCUGCUGUGAAACACUGUGAGCAGGAUGUGGAUAUGAAGGAUGAGCAGGUUUGUGCUCCAGUUUAGGGAAAUUUUUGAGGUCAAAAAAUUGGGUUCAGUAGAAUGUGGAGGAGGAAUCUUAAGGCUCAGGAUUGGAUGGAUUUGAAACAAAUAAUUAAUCACUAAAUAGAGAAGAAUUUGAAUUAGUAAAAUUAUUUGGAAAAGGGUAGAGCUUCAACCCUCUGGAGUCGACGAACGUGCCGGUGCAUCCAAAUCACAUGACCGAUUUAAGAUGACGUAGCAGCAAGACGCAGCCUUGCUGAGAAUCUCAACUUCGUCGAGAGUGCGAAUUUCAAACUAUAUACCAAUUUUGAAUUGUGUUGAUAGGUCAAGUAAAACUAGAUUUAUGAUUACGCUAUGCUUUUUCCUGAAUACUGUCAUCACAUUUGUUGCAAGAAGAAACAGUAAAAAUUGACUAUUCUAAAGGAAAGUGCUCGCAAGCAAAAAAAAAUAAAAAAACAUGACACCCUCUUUCCUAUUGGUGUUGUUUUUUGCGUGAUUUUAGGUCCAAUGUGUUAAUACAGUAUGUCAAAAUGAAAACAUAACUGUAAAGUCACACAGGUGAGGCCAGGUAAAGAAUUUUUAAGGUGAAAAUUAAAGGUAAAAUCAAAAGUAGUCAUAAAAUGCCCAAUUAUACCCUUGACCACAAAGGGUUAAUUGAUGAACAUGCAACAAGAUGUGCUGAUACAUGAAAACAAGCCUUGGGGAGUAACAAUGCUACUACUGUUUAUAAUGCAAGUUGCAGAUUUUCUGUCAUCAUGGUAAAAACUGACACUAUGAGCUGUAACAUCGGGUUGAACUUGAAUUGUGAGUAAUAACUAAUACUAGUCCAUACCCAUUGGUAGCUUUGUCACCUUCUACCUAUAGAUGCCAGUCCUCAAUGCCUAUGUGCAGCUUCACAUAGAUUGACCACGUCAGUGAGUAGAAAAACGUGGGACAGACAGAAUGACUGACUGACAGAAUGACACACUGACAGUUUCCGUGAUUAUGUACAGCAUACCAUACCAUGACUUAGUCAUACCAAAAAUUAGAAAACAACAACAUUGGGCCACAGGGGGAGCCACCGUGAUCGGUCACAUUUUAGCCAUUUUUAAGCAUUGUUCUGUUGUUAUAGCGCCACCCAGUUGCCAAUUAGAGUUAAAUUUCUCCAGUCACCUUGAGGCGUCCUGUUCUACAUAUCUACCAAGUUCAGUAAAAAUCGAUAUGGCGGUUAGGCCUAGAUAAGACAUUAGCUCUCUAGCGGCCCCAUUUUGUUUGAUGGGGUCAAUAAUGGAGGGGUCCCCUCAGAUUAUGUGAGGUCAUAUGCCUACAAAGUUGCGUGGUGAUGGGUGAAACCCUUGAGAUGUUAUACACCUUUAUGUGAUGAGCCACGCCCUCCGCAAUAUUCAUUGCCUUAUAGAAGCUCAGUUUUAGUAAGUUUUCCAACUUUUGCCAAGAGGGAACUUUAGAUAUUGGUCCCUAGAUUAUGUUCACCCAGUUUCAUGCAGAUCGGUCAAACUUCCUAGGAAGAGAUCCAUUUGAAGUGUUUUUCAAAAAAUUCAAAACGGCGGAAAAUCGAUAUAACCGGAAGUUAUGGGUUCUUGAGGCAAAUUUGUUCCUCAUGAGGAGAGGCAUCUCUGUGCAAAGUUUCAUGUCUCUACGACAUACAGGGCAUGAGAUAUGCCCAUUCAAAGUUUGCAAUUUCAAUCACAUGGAUUGACCAAAUCAGUGAGGAGAAAAACGUGCAACACACACACAGAGAGUUUUCGUCAGUAACAUACAGCCUGCAUCAAUGGAUUUACACUGUAUGAAUGACCCAAUGGACCCCUUCACAAACAAUGAUAGGUAACAGAUGUGCAAUGUGUAAGGGCCUGUUUGUUAUGUAUAAGGGGGGAAGGGUGGUGCAAAAAGGGAGAGGCAUGUCAAGAAUAUUUUUUAAGCACUGGGUAGGGACUUGUGUUUUUAUUUUGGCUCAGGGGAGGGGCAUAUGAAUUUAAAUGGUUGUAUUUUUUAUGUAUUUGACUGGUGAUUUUUAAAGAAAACAAGCUGUUUUGUUUUUAAAAAAAAACGUUUUAAAGGCAUGUUUUUAAAAAAAACCCACAGGGAGUUUUGGAAGGUAUGUUUUCUUUAGAAAGUGUAAAAACAGAAACUAUCAUUGAAUAAAAUAGUACUAUUUCAUUAAAAAUUUAGUCUAUUCUAUGUAGACGUAUAUAUGCUUGUGUUUUAUUAGUAUCACAAUCAGUAUUUUGUUCUUGGAAAGCAGAACAAAAACAAACAAAAAAAAUUAAAUAAAAUGAAAAUGAAUACCUUUUAAAAAUGUAAAUAAAAAAACAAACAUUUUCAAAUUUAA